CGCGCUAACUCCGCCGAGCCUCCUUAAAACUCUGCCGUUAAAAUGGGGGCGGGUUUUUCAACUCAAAAAGCGCUCAAUUUUUUUCUUUUCAAAAAAAGCUGAUGAGGUCGGAAAAAAGGGAUAAGAAACCGGCACCGUCUCUGCAGAGGCAACCGAAGCAGCAGUUGCUUCAGAGGAAAAAGAAGCAAAAGAGGGAGGGAAGGGAAAGAUCCUAAAGAGGGAAGACGCGCAAGUGCCUGUAGCGGGGAAAGGAGCAGCGAUCAGAGAUUUUGGGGAGUCGGACUACAAAAGAAACUGUCAGCCGCGGCUCGCGAGGGACCGGCGCUGCUUGAUUCGGCUCGGGGACCCAGCUGGCUGGCAGCCGCUGCCUUGUCCGCGGCACAGACUAGGGACACAGGCCGGAGGACCACGGAGAACUGACCAAGUGGCACCGAGCUCCCCAGCUGCUGGACGGACGCCAAGAAAUCGGCGGGAUUGGCUGCGCCCGGGAAUUGUAGCGACCGCCCGUACUUCUAAGGACCCUUCCCAUCACCGGAGGCACCCGGAAAAUCGGGAAAGAGGGAAAGACCGCUGUAGAGGCGACGGCCACCGCUCAGUGAGCGCUUGCAGUGGAGAGCCUGAGCUAGCUCGGUCGUAGGCGGGAAGUUACUGGCGAGCUGGCCCGGUACAGCCGCGAUGCUACGGCAAGCUGCCCCAGCGGCUGGAGCCCGGUAGACGCGUCUCUCGUCGCUCUGCUCUUUCUUCAGGCUGCCGGGAGCCUCGGGACCCGGCGGGACCGGCAUGACGGGCUUGGCGGGGGUCUGCCGCGCGCCCACCAGCCUCCGGAGACCUGCGCCCUGCCCGGCUCCCACGGCCUCUGAGGCUCGGCAGCCCGGCGGUCGGGCUCCGGGGGCUCUUUUGAAGACGCCGAGCCCGCUGGGGGGUCGUUGAGACCCGAGAGUUGAGGGCCACGGAACUGUUGCUCCGAUCUGCCUUGGGCGAUCAUCUUUUAACCCCCCCAGCACGUCAGCAUCCAGCCACCGCGGCGCUCUCCUAGCGAGCAGCACUCGGGACUACCCCCUUCACCGAGACGGAUGGAAAGCGAGUCCUGCGGAGGACCUGCUCCUGAAGUUCUGCCUCAAGUCACCAUCGUGAACAAGGGACCCUAAAGAAUGGCCGAGCCUUGGGGGAACGAGUUGGCGUCCGCAGCUGCCAGGGGGGACCUAGAGCAACUUACUAGUUUGUUGCAAAAUAAUGUAAACGUCAACGCUCAAAAUGGAUUUGGGAGAACUGCGCUGCAGGUUAUGAAACUUGGAAAUCCGGAGAUUGCCAGGAGACUUCUACUCAGAGGUGCUAAUCCCAAUCUGAAAGACCGAACUGGCUUCGCUGUCAUUCAUGAUGCAGCCAGAGCAGGUUUCCUGGACACUGUGCGGGCCCUGCUGGAGUUUCAGGCCGACGUUAACAUAGAAGAUAAUGAAGGAAACCUGCCCCUGCACUUGGCUGCCAAAGAAGGCCACCUCCCUGUGGUGGAGUUCCUGGUGAAGCACACAGCCAGCAACGUGGGGCAUCGGAAUCAUAAGGGGGACACCGCCUUCGACGUGGCCAGGUUCUAUGGAAGAAAUGAGGUCAUUAACCUGAUGGAGGCAAAUGGGGUCGGGGGAGCCACAAAUCUACAGUGAGUGCGGGGAGGGCUUUCCCAAGUGGCCUUUACUUUGUCAGUUAGUUGGUUGGCUGUCCUGACUGGUUUACUAUCAUUGUUAAAAUAUAAGGUCUUGUUUUCUUUUUCUUAUUUUGAGCAACUAGCUAAACCCUUUGAAAUUGCCUAAUUGGAAAUCUCACUACAAGUUUAUGAAAUAUUUAAACAUCUUUUUCACUGUCAAAAUUCUGAUCUCUAACAUGUAAUUGCAAAUAGCUACGCCUUUCUUCUGGAUAUUUUAUCUGUGAUUUUUUUUUCUUUGCUUCCCUUUGCCAGUCUCAGCAUCUGUCCUGUAGCCCUUGUUUUAAACAUUACUUGUCUGAUGCAUCUUUGCCUAAUUAAAGCACAUCUUCAGAGGAG